AUGGGGGCGGGGGUUGCCCCUAAGGGGCGUGGCCGGAAAACCGGGGCGGGGCGGGACACAGAAGUGGCCCCGUGGGAUUGCACGGAGCGGCGCCCAGCUCCCACCGCUGGGCAGGCAGCGAGUGCGGGUCUGGCGGAGCGCGGUGGCGCGCGGAGACCGAGAGGCGACCGCGGGCGGCAGGGCCCCGGGCGGCAGGGCCCCCGGAGGCGCGCCGCUCGGCCGGGCCGGGAGUCGCGUCAGUCGGUGUUGCCGGCCGAGCGCGGUCCGCCUCCCUCUCAGCGAUCAUCCGGCCUGAGGGCGGCCAGAGGGCAUGUCGGACCCCGCAGGGGCGCCGCCGCCGCCGCCGCCGGUGCGCGCGGGCCGCGGGUGAGGAAGAGAGCGCGACCUCGCAAAGUCCGGAGCAAAGAGGUGGCCCGGAGCGCAGAGGAGCUCCGGAGCGAAGAGGAGGUGCUGAGCGAACAGGUGGCCGGGAACGAAGAGGCGGCCCCGAGCAAGGAGGAGGCCCCGAGCGAAGAGGACGCUCCGGACGAAGAGGAGGCUCCGGACGAAGAAGUGGCCCAGAAUGUAGAAAUGGCGGCAGCCGGACUCAGCGUGACCGUCACCCACAGCAAUGAGAAGCAUGACCUUCAUGUUACCCCACAACAGGGCAGUAGUGAACCAAUUGUCCAAGAUCUGGCCCAGGUUGUUGAAGAAGCCACAGGGGUCCCGCUACCUUUUCAGAAACUCAUAUUUAAGGGACAGUCGCUGAAGGAAAUGGAGAAGCCAUUGUCUGCAGUUGGAAUACAAAAUGGUUGCCGGAUCAUGUUAAUUGGGAAAAAGAACAAUCCAGAGGAAGAAAUUGAACUAAAAAAGUUGAAAAUUUUAGAGAAGUCUGUGGAGAAGAUAGCUGACCAACUGGGAGAGUUGAAUAAAGAGCUUUUUGGAAUCCAACAGGGUUUUCUGGCCAAGGAUUUGCAAGCUGAAGCACUCUGCAAACUGGAUAGGAAAGUAAAAGCCACAAUUGAGCAGUUUAUGAAGAUCUUGGAGGAGAUUGAUACACUAGUUCUGCCAGAAAAUUUCAAAGAAAGUAGACUGAAAAGGAAGAGUUUGGUGAAAAAGGUUCAGGCAUUCCUAGCUGAGUGCGACAUAGUGGAGCAGAACAUCUGCCAGGAGACAGAGCAGCUGCAAUCCACAAACUUGGCCCUGGCCAAAUGA